AUGGACCUGCCCCUGAACCUGUCCCUGAACCUGUCCGCCCCCUUCCCCAGCCCCUUCCCCAGCCCCUCCCCGCCGGAGAGCAAUGGCACCCUGGGCCCGGGGGACCCCCCGCCCGGCCCGCCCGGCCCCUCGACCUUCCAGGAGCUGGCGCUCGUCUUCCUGGGGGUCCUGGGCGCCGCGACGUUCGCCUGGAACCUGUUGGUCCUGGCCACCAUCCUCCGCGUGCGCACCUUCCACCGCGUCCCGCACAACCUGGUGGCGUCCAUGGCCGCGGCCGACGUGCUGGUGGCGCUGCUGGUCAUGCCGCUGAGCCUGGUGCACGAGCGCGCCGGCGGGCGCUGGCGCCUGGGCCGCCGCCUGUGCCAGCUGUGGGUGGCGUGUGACGUGCUGUGCUGCACGGCGAGCAUCUGGAGCGUCACGGCCAUCGCGCUGGACCGCUACUGGUCCAUCACGCGCCACCUGCGCUACACGCUGCGCCUGCGCCGGCGCGCCUCCAACGCCCUGAUCGCGCUGGCCUGGGCGCUGUCCGCGGUCAUCUCGCUGGCGCCGCUGCUCUUCGGCUGGGGCGAGACGUACUCGGAGCGGCGCGAGCGCUGCCAGGUGAGCCGCGCGCCCUCCUACGCCGUCUUCUCCACCGUGGGCGCCUUCUACCUGCCGCUCGGCGUGGUCCUCUUCGUGUACUGCCGCAUCUACCGGGCCGCCAAGUUCCGCCUGGCGCUUCGCCGGAGCCGCCGCGUCACGCCCAUCCCCGGCGCCUUGGAGAUGAAGACCUCGACCCCGAAGCCCCAGCCGCCGGCCACCUCGCGCCACGCCCCCGGGCCGCCGCCGCCCCCGGGGGACGCCUGGCGGGAGCAGAAGGAGCAGAAAGCCGCCCUGAUGGUGGGCACGCUCAUCGGGGUGUUCGCCUUCUGCUGGUUCCCGUUCUUCACCGCCGAGCUCGUCGGGCCGCUGUGCUCCUGCGAGCUGCCGCCCGUCUGGAAGAGCAUCUUCCUGUGGCUCGGCUACUCCAACUCCUUCUUCAACCCCCUCAUCUACACGGCCUUCAACAAGACCUACACCAGCGCCUUCCGGAGCUGCUUCUGCAAGCAGGCGGCGGCCUAGGCC